CUAAGUUCAUAAUAUGGAUGACACCAUUUUUAAGGAGCGUAUUUAGUAAGAUCCUAGUAGAAGUCAGGGAUUGGGUAAUAUCUGUGGUAAGACUUGAAGCGUUUUAGUAGUACUCCAAUAGGUUUUAGAGAGGUUAACGGACUUAAUUUGCAGUGUUUCAAAAUAUUCAUGGUCUUAAGCCAGAGUCAUGGCUAAGGAUGACUCAUCAUAAAAUACUGAACAGCAGAAAUGACUUCUUCAGCAUACAGAAUGAAGCUAAAGUUUGUUUUGAUCUCGAUGAAAGCCAAUGAAUACCUUCUAGCAAGAAUCUUAGAGGUUAUUUAGCCGUAGCAAGGCUAAUCCUACCACUCUUUUCUAAAGAGUUUUUUUCUUAUUUUCAGUAAAACUUUUAUUCAUUUAUAAAAUGGAGCACAAACUGUUUCAGAUGCUAAAGAAGAAAUGAUCAUGACUUACCCUGAAAAUGAAUUAAUUUUUAUACAAAAUUAUGGAAAAUUAGAAGAUGAUAAGCUCCAUUUUUCAUUGUCAUGAGGCAAAGUCAGCCGAGUAGAACAGAAUUGAAGAUCAAAAUACCUCCAAAGUUUAAUAAAGCAUGAAAAUGUUAAUAAAGUUGCAAAUUUACUUGGAUCUUUCUAUACAACUCAUAUAUAUUGUUUCCUGAAAUUUUUCAAAAAUUCAAAAUUUCCCAAAUCGCAAACUCAACUUCCACAGAUGCUUUCUUACCUAUUCGAAAGCCUGAGAACUCUCCAUGCAACAUGCUGGCUAUAAUAUCCGAAACACUUUAUGUUAAUCUAGCACUUCAAAAGUUGCUUUAACAAAACCUCUAUUGUAACUCCCCUCAGGGACUUUUACAUAUUUUCUAAAAUUUGAAUAAAAGUUUAAAAAUUCCUAAAAAUUUUCAUAAUAUUUUAUGAGAAAUUAGAUAUACUUAUCCAGCCAUUCUCAAAUCCAGGCUAGUCCUCCUUUCAAGAGAUUAGUAGUUGGAGGAUCUCACAAGAAGGAAUAUCUCUGAGCAACUUAGACUUCCUUCUUGGGGAAUUUGAUUUAUAAGUGCUUGGUUUGGCCCUCUUGCAACGAGGAUUUGACUUUGAGCAUGUCUUGUACUUUUUAAGCUUGUCAUUCACAGCCAAGGAAUCUUUGGAUAUCAUCCCUUUGAAUGGAGCUACUAAGCUAGCCAUCAAGUACUUUUUAUGAGGCUUGCCCUUGUUGUUCCUCAGAGUGUUCUCAAACUGAUGUGUCACCUUGGGCAUCUGUGGCGAGCACUCGUCACUUCCUUCUCAUGACACCAAGUCAUCACUCCAGAUGUCUUUAAGAGAAGGAGGUAAGCACAUUUGG